CUUAAAUGCGACACACUAAGAAAACCAAAACAAAACAACGUGACUACAGAGACGUUGAUCAAAUUAGAAAUCAAACUAACUAGCACCAUGUUUAUCUAAUGUGAUUUCCAGUUGUUAGAUAUAAAAAGGUGUACAAGAACUGCUGAAUGCGACCAAAUAAUGGCAACUGUAGAUUCGCUAGUGAGCCUGUGUGCUGAAAGCGUUGCUCGGCGCGCUGAGAAGUAUGAUGACGACAUCAGGAUCUUGCCUGUUGGCGUUAAAGACAGAUUAUUACGAAUAAUGUCGUUUUAUGGCACAGUCACCGAUUCCAACAUCAGCCAGCUCGUGCACUCCGGAACUCACAAAUUGGACCUGCAGAACUGUACAGUGUCAGACUCCGCGCUUCAACAGAUUAACUGUCGGCAUCUGAAGACUAUAUUUCUAAGAGGCUGUGCAGAUAUAUCAUCGGAGGGUGUAGAGGUAUUGGCCUCCCAGUGCCCCUGUCUUCAGGUAGUUGAUCUGACAGGUUGCACAGCUGUGACCGAUGCAGGGAUACAAGCUCUGGCUCAACACUGCAAAUGUUUAGAAGUGAUUUCCCUCCGUGACUGCACUGCUCUCAGUGAUAAAGCCCUGCUAGAGCUGGGGGCAAACUGCAGGAUGAUGCACAGUAUCUACUUCUCUGGGACAGAGGUAACUGACCAAGGGGUCAUUGGACUUGCAACUGGAGUUUGUUCAAACAGCCUAAAGGAGUUACAGAUGGUACGAUGCCGCAAUUUAACCGAUCUCGCUGUUACUGCUGUUCUUGCAAACUGUGCCAACAUCCGAAUUUUCAAUUUCCACGGAUGUCCCCUCAUUACAGAUAAAUCAAGAGAGGCACUCCAAAACCUUACUGGCCCAGGCAAGAUCCAACAAGUGUCAUGGACUGUAUACUGAUCAAAAUAGUCUGAUAUGUGUGUAUGUCAUCCUCAUAUCUACUACAUUGUUCAUCGGAGUUUAACGAAACAAACAAUAAAAGCACACGCAUUUCUAAAGUGUAAUUUAGUCUUCACUGUUUGUAUUGUAAAUGUUUACAAACAGCUGGUAUUUAAUAUUAUGACUAUAUAUAUAUAUAUCAAGAUCAUUAUGUAAUGAUGUUUUGUUGUUAAAUAUCAUCAGCAAACCUUAAAUCUGUACACUAAUAAAUGUAUAAUAAAUGUUG